AACUGGAAACAGCCUCCACUCACAAUGAGGAGGAUAGUGCCUUGGCCCAGAUUUGUAGAUGCAAACUGUAGCAGAGCAACCAGGUCUCAGGGACAACAAGGGCUCAAGGGAGAGAGAGUACACAGCCUGCUGUCUGAGGAGCCAGGCCUUACGUUUUGGGUUUUCUCUCCACAAAGAUGCACUCUGUCUAAACUGUGUGGCUGUGUGGCUGGCCGUUGCUGGACUGCUGUACAAGGGGAAAUAUAUUUCAUAAAAGGCCCAAUGUUCGUAGUCUCCUUUGGUUUGCUGUUGAGCUCUGGAAAUCCUGAGGUGUGACCAGUUUUCAGCCUUCAAAACUGAGAUGAACUGCCCUUGAGAGGGAGUAGUCAGAGAGGAGACAUGUUCACCCUCUCUCUCCUGAGCCGAGGGCAUGGGAAGCUGGCCCAGAACAAACAGAAGUUGGAAGUCUAUUUUGAACCAGAGGACUAUUUGAACUGGAAGUCUCCAGAAGACUACAUCCUUGUCAGUAAAGCCCAGAAUGGGGACAGUGCCAGCCAGCACUCCUGGAACCUCUUUCUUCCUAAGACCUUCAGCACAAGGAAGGGGGCACUGAUUCUCUACUCAGAAGGGCUAGCUGUGUCAGCAUGGACACCCAGAGACAGGAAAAGAGGUCCCAGGAAGAAGCAGGACCUUGGACUGCACACACUUCGGGACCUCAAAGAAGCCAUCUUGGCAUAUGGAAGGAGAAAGAGGAAGCAGGACAGCGCCUGGCGGCCUUACCUCUACUUCCGAAGCAAGCCAGAGAGCCAGACCCAACGGCAGAUCCAGCCUGGGUAUUCGGCCAAAAGAUACCUCCGAGGCUUUCUGCGGACAUGGCCCCCUGACAUCAUGCACCGGCUCCAGUGUGCAGGACACAUCAAGGAUUCUGUGCUGCUCCAGGACAGUCAGCUUGGGAUACCCAAGAAUCUCAGGCCACAACAGGAUCUUUCAGGUGUACCCCCAAAAUACCAUCUCCUGCCUGUCAUCCCUUCAUUUCGGAUUCAACAGAGAUCGUCUUAUGCACAAGGUCUGGAUGAAUGGGAAAUUGAUACAUACAUGGACCAGGGCUCUGUUGCUCAGAACCACAGCAAUCCGGACACGCACCUGAUGUCAGUCAGGAGGCAGCUGUGGCAGGAAGAUGAACUCCAGGCUGAGGACACAUUGAGAGAGAGCCAUCUCCGUGUCCACGCUUCGGAGCAAAGUCACAAUGGAAAGAGUCAGCAAGCCUCCAGGGAGGUCCUUGGGCGGGCCUCAUUCAGUUACUUUCAGCUUCCUACUGACAAAUCCCUCUUCUCGUUCUACUGUGGAGCCUUCCCAGGUAGAAAGGCAGGUCUCAGUGACAAACAAAGGAACAUGAAACCCCACAAGGCCAGAGGCGGCUGCUUGUCACAGGAGCCUCCUGUUGAAAGAUGCCUUUUCCCUCCUUUAGCAUCAGCCGUUGGCUCAGAACAAAAUACCCUUGGGGAAACAAAGAAAAAAAAGGCACUGAGGACUCUGAAAUUACCUCCUGUUUCAGAAGAACCCCCCGGAGUCCUGAAACCCCGGAGGAGCCGAUUUAAAGACAGUGAACCCCCAAAGGAGCUCUUCAUUAUCCCCAUGGAGAUUCAUUUUCAUGCCGCACAACCCCCAAAAGAAAAGGCCAGCAGAAGAGGUGCUCGGCAUCCUGAGUCAGAACCAGAAGAAGCCACACCUUUAUGGUGGCCUCCCAUGAAGCAUCUGUACUUAGAAAGGCCAAGGGGGAUAACGGUGCAUCUCCCAGUGGACAGCAGCCAGGACACACCCUCACCUCAAGGUAGCUCCUCUCUCCCUCCAGCAUCCUACAAGGCAAGGCAGAGAAAGGUUCUCAGCGGAGAGGAAGGACGCCAGGGAGAAGAUGGUGAUAUCCUGGCCCAGAGCGUGAAUCAACCCCUGGGUCUCCUACCCCCGAUGAAAGGAAAGAAAAGUUCAGAGAUCCAGAGAGACAUGGACAGAACCAGGACAUCGGGCUUCAGCAGUCCCACAGGUUGCCCAAAUGAGAGGGCACCGCCAGCAGGACCAGAAGACUCCAGAGAUCUGACAUUGAAACACUUCUUGCUGAGUCCAGAUGGUGAAAACGUCUGCCUGACGCUCCCGAGGCUCAUGGGAACAGAGGUGCUUCCACUGGGACAAGCAAACGCUGGAGCCGGAGCCAGUCUUCAUGGAAAUCUUUAUGAAACCUCCUCACGUUUGGCUCAAGCUGCAGAGAGUCAGGGAGCCCCACAGUCCUUGGAGGCAGCAGCUCAGAAGACGGGAGAGCCUCAAAGAUGUAUAAAUAAAGGGCUGAUAUGUUCAAAUGAAAAAGAAUUUUACACACGCAAGCUGCACAUCGACAUGACGCCGUUCCUGAAGGAACGUGGAAGUGAACUUGACUCUCAUGAAGAACCAGGAGGACCCCUCAGAGGAAAUGCCAAAGACAGCCAAGACCCAGAACUAAGGAACAAGACCCUUGCCUGCCUCAGUACUUCCCUGGCUGAGUACAACCAGCCCUCUGAGGCUGACACCUUAAAGAGCAUGGACGGAGAUUACAAUGUGCACCACCUGCACAGAGGACCUCUAAAACGUGAGCCUGCAUUCCCAAAGAAGUUGGCUUCUGAGACUCCAAGAAAAAAGAAGAAAAGGAGAUCAAAACUGCUCAACCAAAAGACUGGAGUUGGCAUCAAUCAUGGAAAGGAUUUGGUUGACAAAGCUAAGAGGAAGAAAAGAACCAAGACACACCAGGCCAAAGCUCUCAAGAAAGAGAGGGAAGAAAGGGGCCUGGGGCAAGCAGAGGCUGCUGGAGGAAAGCCAAAGCAUUCAAAAAUUAAAAAGAAAUCAGAGCUAACUCCAAAAAAAGAGAAACUGGGAAGAAAAAUGAAAAGGACACAUAAAGAGAGGAAUAUGGAGAUGGCGGCAGGGCUGAGCAAGUCAGACAUCACCAACUCCAAGGAAGCAGGUGGCACCUCACAUCAAGGGCUCCUCCGCUCCCACUCUGCAGCUGGACAACUUUCUCUUGAACUCGAUGCUCUGGAGAGUCAGGUUGCUAUAGAUGGAAGAUUAUCAUCCAUCCAGGCCACAGAUGUUGCUAGUGACAUGGAAUGUGAAGAGGAGAGAAGCCAUGAAGACCCUUCCAAGGCCCUCCAGGAUAAGAAGCAGCAGGAGAAGGCUUCUCGGGACAGAAUUCGAAUAGAGAAGGCAGAGAUGAGAUGGCUGAAGGUGGAGCAGAGGAGAAGGGAGCAGGAGGAGCUGACUUGGCUCCAUAAGGAGCAGCUGGAGAAAGCAGAGAAGAUGAAGGAGGAGCUGGAGCUGGAGCAGCAAAGACGCACUGAGGAGAACCGCCUGAGAAAGCAGAGACUGGAGGAAGAACGGCAGCAACAGGAGGAAGCAGAGAAAAAACGAAGGCUCCAGUUGCAGGCAGCCCGGGAGAGAGCAAGGCAGCAGCAGGAGGAGCUCCGCAGGAAACUGCAAGAAAUACAGAGAAAAAAGCAGCAGGAAGCGGCAGAGAGGGCUGAGGCAGAGAAGCAAAGGCAGAAGGAACUGGAGAUGCAGUUAGCAGAAGAACAGAAACGCCUGAUGGAAAUGGCUGAAGAAGAACGGUUGGAGUACCAACAGCAGAAACUAGCAGCAGAAGAGAAAGCUAGGCAGGAGGCUGAGGAAAGGAGGAAACAGGAAGAGGAAGCAGCAAAGCUAGCCCUGGAAGAAGCCACAAAACUAGCCCAGGAGCAAAUCAGGCAAAAAGCUGCUUUGGACAAACACCUUCAUUUUCAUCAAGAACUCUCUAAAGAAGCCAGUGGCCUACAGUGGACACAGAACAUUUCCAGACCAUGGGUCUACUCAUAUUUCCAGUCCCUACAAAUCCCCAAGCCGUAGGGCUAGAAGAAAAAAAAAAGUAAGUUGAGAAGUGGUGACAGAAAAAAAGCUAUAUUUCUAUAAUAAAGCUCCAGCCUGAGCUCUGUUCCAUUUCAUCUCAACCGUACCUAGGACCUUCCUUACCCUGGAACCUCUCUAUUCCCAGCAUUCUUGCACUCCACAGACUGAUCCAAUAAACUUUUCACUUGCCUAAACCAUUUUGUUUUCUUUAGGACUACAUCAGUUCAAAAGCCUUGGUGUCUGAGCUACCAUUACAUAGUUCCAGUUGGAAAUACUAAGUCUUAGGAAAGUCUGUGUAUCUCAGGGUGUUGAGGGUAGAUAAAAACUGUUACAGCAGUGACUCUGGAUAAGCUAAGAGGGGCUAAUCAUGUCCUUCUAUGAGGUAAAGCCACAAUUUCAGCCUGAAAUCUAACACAAACUUCAAAGGCAUGUUCAGAAUCACUUGAUACAAGUUCAACUGACCAAAAUGGGCUGUGUUUGUGAAGAAAUUCGCUCAAUCCUCAAAGUGCAGUUCUAGAGCAGCAUGUUUGAGUAAGGGAGCCACCUACUACUGUGUAGCUGUUAAAGCUAAAAUAUUGUUCCAUCAUACUAGCCACAGUUAAGUGCUCGAUGGCCAUAUGUAGUUGCUGAGGACUACAUCUGCAAAGAAAUAGAAUUAGUUCCUCAUCUCAGAAAUCCCUGCAUUAAUUUUGAUCCUUGAGAACAAAGGAGAUUUUAUUCCCAACUGUGCCUUGAAGAACCUACUGAUAAAACUAAUCAUCCUAUCAGAAGUGUCAAGUCAUUUCACAACUCUUUAAAUGUCUAAUAAUCACCUCUUUUAACAAAGCAUCACAGAUUGUUAGAAAUACAAUAUAAAAGGACAUUAUACUAAGCAGUAUUUGGGUUUUUGUUUUGUUGGUUGAGACAGGGUUUCUCUGUAUAGCCCUGGCUACCCUGGAACUCUCUUUAAGACCAGGCUGGCCUUAAACUCAGAGAUCUGCCUGCCUUUGACACCCAAAGGUCUUCUCAUUACUUCGAGACACACACACACACACACCCUCUAGAGUUAAGUAGUUGGCCACCCUGCCUGUAUCAGUAAAGACAAAUAUAAAUGCUGGUGCUUGUCUUACUUUAUCCUCUUUACUCAGUUCUGGACCCCAAAGAAUGGCAGAGCCCACACUCAAGUUAGGAAUUUCCACCUCAAGUCUUUCUAGACAUACAUCAAGAUCUUUCCAGGGUGAUUUUAAAUCCAGACAAGUUUACAAUGAAAAUUUAAUUAUGACACUGUCCACAGUGUUCACAAGUAAUUUCCUCCAAUUCCUGUACAAAGCAAAUACCUUGAAUUUGUGGGGACUAUUGUUGGGGAUUAAUACUCACAAGGUAUUUGCUUCAUUCAGGAAUUAUAUUUCUCCAGCCUAAAACUUAGCUAAUUUUCCAUUCUAUACUGUAGGAAUUGAGUAACUUCUUGUUUCAUGUAAAAUAAAAAUAAAAUAGCCAAACACUAUGGAUAAGACCUGUGAAUUUAAAUGUCACAUCAUUUUCUGCUUGCCAACCCUACUUGCAGUCAUUAAUACUCAGCCAGACAACCAGUACACACUCAAGAAUCCAUGUGUGAGGAAACUGCCACUGCUCCUUUUAUUUUCUCCCUUCUUUUGCAAAUCUAGGAUGCUGCACUCAUGCACCACAUAGAAUGGCUACUAAAAAUACGUAGGGUCCUUUCCAAAUAUCAUCUAUUAAAUUUUGCUUCCAAGUGUCUAUUUUAACAGCAUUAGUAUAUCAGUUGAACAUAUUUUUAGGCCAACAGUAGAGUGUAAUUACUUUAGAAGACACCCCACCUCCACACACACAAUGUUAUUUCUGCAACUUCACCACUAAAUGCUGAGACUUCAUUUAGAAAAAGAAAUAAAAUUAUGCUUAACUCUAUAGUCAUGAAUUCUGGAUAGCUCAAAUAAGCAAUCAGGUCUGUUGUUUGAGCUUGACAAGUGAUACAACUCAAAAUUUUUCUACAAUUGAACCUAACUUCCAGUGAAUAUUUAAAAUUAUAAUAGCAAAUGCCAGGUGAUGGUCUAAAAACUCCAAUUUGUACAAUACAAAUAAUUUUAAAGCUAGAGUCAAAUGUAAGAGUUUCUCAAGGCAAUCUGCUUUUUGAGCAAGUUACCUAAAAAGAGUAUGUAAGCUUUAACAGUUUAUAAAAUGCAUAUGCAAUAGGUUUUACUUGCUAGUCAGAUGGCACUGUAUUUUCGAUUCCAUAAAACUGGAUGUGUGGGCUGGUGAGAUGGCUCAGUGGGUAAGAGCACUGACUGCUCUUCGAAAGGUCCUAAGUUCAAAUCCCAGCAACCACAUGGUGGCUCACAACCACUUGAUAAGAUCUGACGCCCUCUUCUGGUACAUCUGACAACUACAGUGUACUUAUAAUAAUAAAGCUCUUUAAACACACACACACACACACACACACACACACAAUUCCAUGAGUCAAUGGAUUAUUCCUCUAUUCCCAGCUGGAAGAAAAGAAAAAUGCAUUAUUUUUAUAUUGGCUGCAAUUAGGUGGCCACUAUUUUAAGGUACAAAAAGAAAAAUGUCAUCUAUAAUUAAUAAGCCUCUAAAGUUGAAAAGUGUUGCUCUGUAAUGCUAACACCUAGGCAGUUAAGUAAGAGAAUAAGGAAUUCAAGGAAUUCAAGGCCAUCUUCAGUUAGUUCCAAACCAGCCUUGGCUAAAUGAGAUUGUCUCAAAAAACUGGAGAAAGACAGGCAUGGUGGUGUGUGGCUUAAUCCCAGUAAUAAAACCAGUAAUGAUAUCCUAUGUUCACCUAUCCAGGAAUAGCACAAUCUAAAGAUAUAACAGUGAGUAUUGUUUUGUUUUGUUUUUUAAGGAUUUAUUAUUAUAUAUAAGUACACUGUAGCUGACUUCAGACGCACCAGAAGAGGGUGUCAGAUCUCAUUAUGGGUGGUUGUGAGCCACCAUGUGGUUGCUGAGAUUUGAACUCAGGACCUUUGGAAGAGCGGUCAGUGCUCUUUACCCGCUGAGCCAUCUCACCAACCCCAACAGUGAGUUUUUAAAAAGGCAUUGUGACUAUAACUAAAUUCUUGAUUCAGAAAACAUUCUAGAAACUUUAAUGCUUCAAAGCCAUUAAAGUCAUUACUGUAUAGUACUAAAGAAAUACUCAUGCAAGAAAAUCCUAUCUGGGGCAUUUCCACUUUUCUCCCUACAUGGCUAAAAUAAAAGGAGCUUCAGUAAUGUUUUUACAAAUAUUGUUUAUUUUAAUGAAGCUGGUACAGACGAUGUCCCUUGAAAACCCAUGUCCCA